AGCAACGUGGCCAAUCUGAUCUGACAGCUUUAUAUUAGCAAAUCGGGGCCGAAGCGCUCACAACUAAGAUCCAACGGAUGUAAAUCAGAGUCCAUUGAGUUAGGAAAUCCGACGGUCAUAAAAAAUACGAGGGUUCUUCAAAACCCCUAUCGCUCUCGCUUUAUGUGAAAAGUUGUUCAUGUUUUUUUCGAGUUUCUAGAGAGAGAAAGAGGGAGUGUGUCUGGAUUCUGGAGUGGAGUUUCUCUCUCUAACUCAAAUCAUACUCUUCUUUCAACAGUUUGUGCAUUGCAAAAAUGACGAGAAAGAACAAACAAUCACAAGAAAAGUACGAGUUGUGUCCAAGGAGUGAGAGAUGCAGUUUGCCAGUCGCUGAAAAUAGCCCGACAAUUGAUACAAUACCAACAAUAAGAAACACCUCCCUAGUGCAAUCAGAAGCCUCACUGGUCCUUGGUACAAUAACAAGGAGAUCGCCUCGUCUGAGUGGACGAGCUCAGCAUCUGUUAGUAACCACACCACCAGAAGCCAUUCCUCCCCCUCUAAAAGAAAGGAAAAUUCCUAAAAAACCAGAAAAGAAACGAGCUGCAAAGAAAAUACGUACAUUCAUAUUUCAACAUCGGUCAAACAUCUUGGCUGUGAUACGAUUGAUUGAAAGGAUUCGACUCACAAAAGCACAUAAAGAUGUGCUGAAACAAACACCAUUCUGGCAUUUCUUCGAAUCAAUCCUGAAUCAGCGUUAUGUAGAAUCAUUGAGGUGCAAAAAGAACGAGAACAUUAUUGUUGAAAUAAUAGAAUCAUAUAACUACAAGAAACAAGCAUUCCACAUUGGUGGAAAAGAUUUGCUCCCAAGCAGCAGAGACAUAGGGUUGAUAUUUGGCAUAAAGCAAGGAUCAGAGCCGCUAGAUAUCACUCAGGGAUCAAGAAAGAGUUCUCAAUUUGUCAAGAGAAUAUUUGGUAACAUCAAUAACAUAUCCAAAGUUCACAUUGAGAAUGCAAUUAAUGAAUCGCUGAAAGGAAGAAGUGAAAGGGAUUAUGAAGAUGUUGCAAAACUGCUCUGCUUACAUGCACUUCUAACAGUGUUCUUCUCCGGCAGUAGCCAUAUUCUGACAAGAAGAUAUAUACAUUAUGUGGACGACCUCCAAAACAUGGCAAAGUAUGCAUGGUGCGAUGCGAUCAGAGACAAAUUAAUCAAAUCUGUGCAGAAAAUGCACCAAAAACCAGCUGGAGUGACUGGAUGUGUCAUAGCACUUUUAUACUGGUUGUGUGAGCACACAAAUCUUGUUCAGCCAAACAUAGACGAGGGAUUCCCGAGAUACAUCAAAUGGCAUCUUGGCACUCUAAGCAAUAAUUUAGGAGAAAGGCGAAUUCCAACACUCAGACCUGAAGAGGUUUUGGAGGAUGAGCUUAAACUCACAGACCUAGAAAUCAGUGUUUUUGUAGAAGAAACAUUGGCAACACAAAACAAUCAGAUCAUCAUGUCAAACAACGAGUCAGAUACUCGAACUGUUUUACAUGAAAUGAAAACUUGGGACAGACAAGAAGUGACGACUGAACAAGACAAACUUGAUGCAUUGUGCGACGCAAUCCUGGGCUCCAUCUCUGAAUUUCACUCUGUUGAUGCCUCGCAAUUUCUCUUGGAGACUAAUUUUGAACAUUUGGAAAGAGAGACAAAACAACAUGAAGGCAAGUUUGAUGGUUACAUUUCUUUGGGAACCGCAAUUGAUAACAUCAACCGAAUAGCACACGAAGUAUGUGGUCAUGAAGAGGAAAUGAAGGCAUUGAAAACCGAGAGCAACUAUGCUUUAAACCUUUUGAAAGAAAUGGUAGUAAAUCAUGUGGAAGACAGGAAGAAACUGGUGCACAUGGAAAAGGAGAACAAGGAAGUCAAUGAAGCAAACAAACAGCUUAGGGAAGAGUGUGACAACAUCAAGAAGGAGAAUGAGAAAGUCAAUGAAGAAAACAAACACUUGAAGGAAGAAACUGAGAAACUCGAAGCAGAGAUAGACAUGCUAAAGAAUGGGCAGAGAAACAACAAAAGAUUGUGUGCAUACGAUUAUGGGACAAAGUCAAAGAAGCAGAGAGAGGAAGAACAACUAAAAUCAGAACAAGGAGAAGAAAAUAAAGAUGACCAAGAAGAGGACGACCAAGACUUUCUGGAUAUUGAAAAUUAUACCUGCACUGAGCCUGCUCCAAAUGAAAUAAAUUACCCAGAACUGAAAAGGGAUGGCCCGGUUUGUAAAUUCUUGUCUGCGAAUGAGUUUCAAAGGCUCCAGAACAUCAUAGCACAAGAUGGAUACACGGCAAUCAUCUACAAAGAGAAAGACAUGCUCUGCCAAGGAUUGUACAUAUCCAUGGAAGAUAUCAUGACACUACUUCUGGAAAGAGCAAUAACAAAUAUUGUCAUUGAUUGCUUGGGUCAAAUUCUCCUCAAACAACAAGAAGAGGCAAGAUGGGAUGGCUCGACAGUACCAAACAAGACACGCUUCGUCAACAGCCACUGUUGGACAAUUAUAACACGAGCUUCUGAAAGCUACAAGGAAAAAGAAAUAUACAGCAGAGUCUGCAAAGCAAUACAAGACAAUGUCAGGUAUAUUCAAUUUCCCAUGAAUUCAAAAGGAAGACAAGAAGAAUCAGUGCCAUUUCACUGGACACUACUUGUCUACGACAUGCACGAGGGAAUGUGGAGGCACUACCACUCAAACAGAGGUAUUGGACUCUAUGAUUCCUAUUUUGAGGAUGCAAAAAUUGUGAAAGAAAAUGUCGAGAGAUAUUUAAGGAAAACAUACAAAGAGGCAUGUGAAAAACAACUGCAAUCCAUGGGGGAAAUUAAUUUAUUUCAAUCAGAAAGAAUGCAAAUCUUAGCAUCCCAAGGUUUUGAGUGUCCUAUCCUGCAAAUGAAUGACUCUCCACAACAAGUUUCUAGAUCGGUCGAUUCUGGGAUAAUUGUCGCAUACAUGAUGAUGAAACUAGCGAUGGGAAUGAAAUACGAAAGCUAUCUUCCCCCUGAAAUACUACAAUGGACAAGAGCAAGCAUUGCAAAAAUGUUUAUCAAUUACGAAUGAAAAAUAAUUGUGAAGAUCUCUUGCUCUAUAUAAUUGGAAAUCUGGACAUACUGUUAAUUUUGUAGCUAGUCUAGUCUGUACAAAAAUAUUUAACUCGAAAAUAGCUUUACCUCUUAUUGUUAUAAAGAAAUGCCUUCCAUUGCCAGAAGUUUAUGAUUGUUUCAUUCCGUGGAAAUUGUUGUAGAUCACAACUGAAUAUA